UGUGGGGCCGUCUCCCGCCCCGGCAAGGGGGCGCGGCUGGAGCUGGAGGAGGCGCUGGUCCCCCGGAAGAUGGCCGUCAGCCCCCUGGAGAGCUGGCUGGCCGCCCGCUGCCUCCUGCCCAGACCGGGUGCUCUAUUUAUCCAGAAAACGGGCAGUCCCCCUCCACCCCCCAACCCCCCCGCGGCCCGCCUGCGCCCACGCCGCCCUCCUUUGUCCCUGCAGGCCAAGUUCGAGAGAGACCUGAGGCGCAUCUGGCUGAGAGCGGGGCUCAGGAAGGCCCCGGCGGGUUGGCAGACCCCCAAGAUCUACCUGAAAGGCAGAUGAAGCUGCGGGCCGCCCCCCACCCCCCAAUAAACGCGCCCUCCUGGCUCCGCUGCCCAGACCGGAGGGGCCUCUGG